AUGCCCCUCAUCACGUCAAAGAAGACAGUCCCCAAGGCUUCAGCCUUUGUUUGGGAUAGCUUUCCGCCGCCGCCACCAGAGGCUGGAGACUGGCAGCCUGAUCCGGACAGUGUCCCGAAGGCAGGGAAUCUUCCUGAUCCCCGAUUCAAUCGCGAUCCUGAACAAGAUCGCCGGAGCAAGUCGUACAGGAAAGAAGCGAAGAUGUACGGCCAAGCUCUGAGCGAAAUUUCACUCUCACCAUCUACAAAAGGGAGCUCUCUCGGUCGUGGACUCGGUCAGUGGCCAGCACCAGCUGCAAGUAGUACGGGUUAUCCCAAGGACUUUAUGCAAAACGUCAAACCCACUUCACCAUCCCUGGAGUCCAUCAAAGUGCUCGAAAUCUCACGCAAACAUCGAUCGAUUAGUACCGAGCCGACCCCACCUGUUGCUGGGCCUCCCAAAGGCACGAUGGAGUUGAUGCCUGCACCAAAUUAUCGCCGUCCAGAGGUCCCAGUAUCGAGCACUAGAAAGUCAGCGUCCCCCACAAAGAGUCUAUCGUCAGGGUGGAAGGCCUCUAUAGAGAAGGCGAUAACAGAAGACGAGAGGAAGCUUGAUGUAUUGGUUGACACUACCACUACAUUCCGUCCCGAAGGUGUUCGCAAGAAGUCCAUCCCCCCGCACCUGAGGAGCAAGUCCGGUGAAGGCAAAACUAUCCCCCUGAUCAGCUCCGCACAGAGCUUCAACCCAAGCCUGAACCCAAGGGCAAAGGCGUACGAGGUCAUGGCAUGGGAAAUGGCUUCAGCAGACUCUGGCAUUGAACAUGUUAAACAUGGCUUGCACAUUCAACAAGAUAUCCUGGGCCGGUCCGUUGUCAAACAGCCUAUCCCAGAUGAUAAUCCAUUCGCUACACCCAACGCUCGCGCUACUCCCGACCACGGUACCAAACUCAGAAUUAUGCUUAUCCGUGCGAUGGAGCACGAACUGGACCUGGAAAAGGUAGCGCCUGAACGACAACUUAUGGCUAUGCAGCGCGCCGAGCUUGACAGAUACUAUGACAAGGUCUGCUCGGCUCAUCAGCAAUGGUGGAAAGCCACGAGAAAUACAUGA